UUAUGACAUCAUUUCGUUGCGGAAGACAACAGGGAGGAGGAGCAGAGAAGUCGUUCCUCGAGUCUCCGAGUUCGGACCCGGCGAAAAUGAUGCCGCCGGAGCUUCAACCCCGUAUACAACGUCCGUACAUUUCAACCUCUGCGAGCGCUCCGACGUUCUCCAGCUUCAAUGGCCGGUACUCACCUGACCGAAGCCCUAACCCGGGCAGCAGCAGUAACAGAAGUAGCACAAGCAGCAUCAGAUCUUUGAACAAUUCUCGCUUUUCUCCGUCUUCUUUCCUCCACAACCCUAGAAUUGCUCUCGCUCUUGUUCCUUGCGCUGCUUUCCUCCUCGACCUCGGGGGAACCCCCGUCCUCGCAACCUUAACCCUAGGUCUCAUGAUCGCUUACAUCCUCGAUUCCCUCAACUUCAAGUCCGGUUCCUUUUUCGGUGUCUGGUUAUCUCUCGUCGCUGCGCAGAUCGCUUUCUUUUUCAGCUCCUCUCUCUUCUCCUCUUUUAGCUCCAUCCCUCUCGCCAUCAUCGCUUCAUUUCUCUGUGCCGUGACCAACUUCUUGAUCGGAGUCUGGGCGUCAUUGCAGUUCAAAUGGGUACAGAUCGAGAAUCCUUCCAUCGUCCUCGCUCUCGAGAGACUUCUCUUUGCUUGCGUUCCGAUCGUUGCUUCGGUCCUCUUCACGUGGGCCACCAUCUCGGCGGUCGGUAUGGGCCAUGCUUCCUACUAUCUCAUGGUGUUUACCUCUAUCUUCUUCUGGUUAUUAUCUAUCCCGCGCGUGUCUUCCUUCAAAUCCAAGCAGGACGUCGGUUAUAAUGGGGGAGAGCUUCCCGGUGAAACCCUCAUUCUCGGCCCCCUUGAGAGCUGUAUCCAUACUUUGUAUCUCCUCUUCUUUCCGCUGAUCUUUCACGUUGCCUCUCACCACGUUGUCAUCUUCUCUUCGGCUGCUUCUAUCUGUGAUCUGUUUCUUAUUUUCUUCAUCCCGUUCUUGUUUCUACUCUACGCUUCAACCAGGGGCGCCCUCUGGUGGGUCACGAAGAACACGCACCAACUGCAUAGUAUUCGAGUUGUGAACGGUGCUGUUGCACUGGUUGUUGUUGUAAUUUGUUUGGAGAUUAGAGUUGUUUUCCAUGCGUUCGGUCGGUACAUUCAAGUGCCUCCACCGCUGAACUAUCUUCUUGUAACUGUUACUAUGCUUGGAGGGGCGUCUGCUUCCGGUGCCUAUGCUGUCGGUAUGAUAACUGAUUCUUUCAGCUCGGUGGUGUUCACAGUUUUGUCUAUCUUAGUCAGUGCAGCUGGGGCUAUCGUUGUGGGCUUCCCAUUAUUGUUCCUCCCACUUCCUUUGAUCUCUGGCUUCUAUGUAGCUCGAUUUUUUACAAAAAAGAGUUUACCAUCAUAUUUUGCAUUUGUGCUGCUUGCAAGCUUAAUGGUUUCAUGGUUUGUUCUGCACAACUUCUGGGACCUCAACAUUUGGUUGGCUAGCAUGCCCCUGAAGUCAUUCUGUAAGCUGAUAGUUGCAAAUGUCAUCCUAGCUAUGGUUGUUCCGGGUCUUGCCCUCCUUCCCCCAAAACUUCGUUUCUUGACUGAGGUUGGUCUUAUCAGCCAUGCAUUGCUUCUAUGCUUCAUUGAAGAUCAUUUUUUCAAUUAUUCCAGCAUAUACUACUAUGGCAUGGAAGAGGAGGUGAUGUAUCCAAGUUACAUGGUUAUCGCAACAACUUGUGUGGGCUUGGUGUUGAUGAGGAGGCUAGCUGUGGAUCACCGAAUUGGACCAAAGGCAGUUUGGAUCUUGACUUGUCUCUAUUCUUCAAAGCUUGCAAUGCUCUUUGUUACUUCAAAGUCUGUUGUAUGGGUGACAGCUGUGUUGCUGUUGGCUGUUUCACCCCCAUUGCUUCUUUACAAGGAUAGAUCUAAAUCAACUUCAAAAAUGAAAGCUUGGCAGGGUUAUUCACAUGCUGGUGUGGUGGCUUUAUCUGCCUGGCUUUGCCGUGAAACAGUCUUCGAGGUUCUUCAGUGGUGGAAUGGGAGACCUCCAUCCAAUGGAUUGCUUUUGGGUUCCUGUAUUCUUUUGACCGGACUUGCCUGUAUACUUAUUAUUGCUCUCCACUUUCCACAUGUGCAGUCUGCCAAGCGAUUCCUCCUGUUAGUGGUGGCAACAGGUCUGCUGUUUAUUCUCAUGCAGCCUCCCAUUCCAUUGUCAUGGGUCUUCCAUUCAGACAUGAUCAGAGCUGCUCAUCAGUCUACUGAUGAUAUUUCUAUCUAUGGUUUUGUGGCAUCAAAGCCUACAUGGCCAUCAUGGCUACUUAUGACAGCAAUCCUACUCACACUAGCAGCAAUUACAUCCAUUAUUCCAAUCAAAUACAUGGUUGAGUUGAGAGCAUUUUAUGCAGUUGGUGUGGGGAUUGCACUGGGUGUGUAUGUAUCUGCUGAAUACUUUCUCCAGGCAACAAUCUUGCAUGUGCUUAUUGUUGUGACUGUGGUAUGCACCUCUGUCUUUGUGGUCUUCACCCAUUUUCCAUCUGCUUCAAGCACAAGAUUCAUGCCAUGGGUUUUUGCCCUACUGGUGGCUCUGUUCCCAGUCACAUACCUAUUGGAGGGACAGAUAAGAGCAAGAAACAUUCUUGGGGAAAGUGGAAUUGCAGUGGAAGAUGACAGCAAACUUACUACACUACUGGCAGUUGAAGGGGCAAGAACAUCGUUGUUGGGGUUAUAUGCUGCAAUCUUUAUGCUUAUUGCACUGGAGAUAAAGUUUGAGCUAGCUUCACUUAUGCGUGAGAAGGCACAUGACAGAGGAGGCAUGCACAAUCAAUCUGGCCGAAGCAGUUCUGGUUUUACUCCAAGGCCGAGGUUCAUGCAUCAGCGAAGAGCGACGACUGUGCCAACCUUCACAGUUAAGAGGUUGGCAGCUGAGGGAGCUUGGAUGCCUGCUGUUGGUAAUGUUGCUACAGUUAUGUGCUUUGCUAUCUGCCUGAUAUUGAAUGUCAACAUCACUGGUGGAUCAAAUCGAGCUAUUUUCUUCUUGGCACCAAUCCUGCUGCUGCUCAACCAGGAUUCAGACUUCAUUGCCGGAUUUGGCGACAGGCAAAGGUAUUUCCCAGUGACAGUUGUCAUCUCGGUCUACUUAGUUUUGACUGCUGCAUACAGGAUUUGGGAAGAAGUUAGGCUCGGGAAUGCUGGGUGGGGCCUGGAGAUAGGAGGACCAGAUUGGUUCUUUGCGGUAAAGAAUGCAGCUCUCCUUGUUCUUACCUUCCCCAGCCACAUCCUUUUCAACCAGUUCGUGUGGAGUUACACUAAGCAGACUCACUCUACACAGUUGCUUGCAAUGCCGCUUAAUAUACCAUCUGUCAUAAUCACAGAUGUAAUCAAGGUUAAGAUAUUGGGGCUAUUAGGAAUCAUAUACUCUCUGGCCCAGUAUCUAGUCUCUAGGCAACUCCAUAUUACCGGAUUGAAGUAUAUUUAAACCAUAGACAUCAUACUCUGUAACAUAUGUUUUGAGCAAUUUUCAAGUGAGCUGUGAAAGUUUGAGUUUUCUGCC